GUUUGUGACGCUUGUUCAAGGACCUAACGUUAUAACACUUGAAAUGGCAGUGACAAAAAUCGUGUUGCUGGACAUCCCAACCGUUCUUCCAGUACCCACUUCACCAAAUACAUGGAAAGUCAGACUCGCGCUCAACUACAAAGAACUCACCUAUGGAACAAAAUGGGUCGAAACGGCCGAUAUCGAAUCUGUGUGCAAGUCGCUCGGAAUACCGCCUACGAGCGUGCUGCCAGACGGGACACCAAAAUACACACUCCCUGCACUGAUUGACAACACUUUCACCCCUCCUGUCCUCCUCUCGGACUCGACGCCCAUAAUCGAGUACCUAGAGCGCACAUAUCCAGACCCCGAUUACUCCCGUGCCCUCUGUCCGCCCGCCAGCCGCGCCCUCCACGCCCUCUUCGAGUACCACGUCGCGCAUUCCAUCACGGCACAGUUGCUACCCGUCAUGGUCAUGCACAUGUACGACAAGAAGACCCCACGGGACCGCACCCAUUUCCGUCAGCGCACUGAAGUGGCAUUCGGGAAGAAACUCGAGGAUAUAGAGCUCAAGGGCAAAGAUCGCGAGGAACACUGGAAGAAAAUUGAAGGCGCGUUUGACCUCCUUGCAAUAUUUAUGCGGGCAGGAAGUGGCGCAGGUGAAUUAUUCACGGGAUCAAAUCUAUCUUUGGCGGACUGUACAUUAGGAGGUCUUUUGCUAGCUUUGCGCUACGAUAGCCCAGACGAAGCUUGGAUUAAGGUGUCAUCCUGGAGCAAUGGGAAAUGGACACGGUACAUGUCUGCAUUGGCGAAUUGGACAGAUGUAGAACCUGGUAGAUAGCCUGUCGAUACCAAACAUUUCUUAGGG